AUGAACAGCAACGUCCUUCUGUUUUCGUUAUUCGCAUUUUUCGUCGUCACUGUACCCGCCCUCCCACAAGAUGUAACAUCAACCAACGAACCAACCACAAUUGACAAUCACGAACAUACCGCUACAAGUACACCAUCUACUGCCAUACCCACCGUGAAAACUGAUGGAUUCACAGAUGAAAAUAUGAACGCCAAACCAUCAAACCAAAGCUGGUUACAGCAAAAUGAUCGUUACAUUUUCAUCAUUGUUCUCGUAUUAUUGAUCGUAGCUAUUUUGAUCUAUUACAUUGUAAAAAGUAUCAAGGGCAUGCGUAGGAGAUUAGCCAAUGAAAAUCACAGCCAAAUGAUAAUGAUGCAAAACAAGAAUAACGAUGCUACCACUGCUACUCCACCCGCAGGUGCCAAUGCUGUUAAUAGUCCAUACUACCAGCAACAGCCAUCGAUAGUGCCUUAUUCACCAUCACCAUUAACAGAGACAGUGUCUAUAGCAGAUGUAAACAAUACCAACGGUGCGUAUAAAAUACCCGACAACUACCAGUAUUAUCAACAACAGCAACAGCAACAGCAGCCGCCGCCCUCACCCUCAAGCCCUCCACCUUCCUACCAUACUCAUCGUUAUUGA